AACCGAGACGCGUCUACACAAGUUCCCACGUCUGACUGAUCCUGUUCCUAUGCCUUCUCUCGCUGAGCUUCCAACUACUUUCAAGCAGCCUUCUACCCGCCAUUCUCUUUCAUUUAAAGAUGGAAACAUAGCUUUACUAGCCAAAGGCCAAUAUUUCCUCGUGCACCAAGGCAUUCUGUCUCGCCAUUCUGCCAUUCUCAAAUCUUCAAUAAGUGAUAUAAUCUCGAGUCCUCAAACCACUACUUCAGAAGGGAUUCCAGUUUUGGACGUUCAAGAUUCUCCCGAUGAUUUGUACCACUUUUUAGCGGCCUUGUACGAUGGACUCUCUGAAUUGAAGUACGAUAAAGAUUCGUUUCAGGUUAUAGCUUCUGUGCUACGACUUUCGACUCGAUAUGAGGUCCUCCACCUUCGGAACCAGCUUUUGCGUGGUUUAACUGAGAUGUGGCCGGAUAACCUGACCGAAUGGGACCUUCGUGAAUCCAAUGCGACGACUGAAUCCGGUGUUUAUGAACCACGCGCAGUAAUACCACAUCCUAUACCGGUCAUUAAUCUCGCUCGAGAUGUCAACGCACCACAACUCUUACCCUCCGCCUUCUAUGAUCUCUCUCGUUAUUCUCCUGCCCGCGUUGCUCAAGGACAUGUAUGUGCCAAAACUCAAGAACUUCACCGCUUGUCAGAGAGAGAUCUUCUUGCCUUACUGAAAGGAAGGGAGCAUGCCUCAAGAUUCCUUUCGACCUUUCUUGUCAACUACGUCGAGGGUCGGAAUCCCUCUCCUUUAUGCAUCUUUCGAAGACAGCAAUUUGACAUCUCUCGUCGACGCGCUUGUCAAGCUGCCUUUGAAGGGAUCACCUUUGAAAUUCUGCGUGAUACAAAUGACGUACUCUCUCAGCGGAGCUCUGACCCUCUGUUUGCUCUGAUGGAUGCCGUGUUGAUGCUGGUGAGGGUCGAAGACGGGCGCUGGCUUCGUCCGUGUGAAUUCUGUCGGGCUGAUUUUGAGACGGUUGUCGACAACGCAAGAGAUGAAUUCUGGGCGUUGUUGCCGCAGUGGUUUGCAGUUGACCCGGGUUGGACCUGAAUAGGGCUUAGAUGAGUUGCUGGGUGAGGAAUUGGUUUUGAACGAACUGCAGGUGUCUUUUUUCCACGAGCUCAAUACCCUCGAGUAUAAGGCUACCCUAUUCCGUGUACUUCUUUAAACAAUCGAUCUUUGUAACUAUGCGUUUCCCCGUAUUCACGUGCGUCGAUCU